UCAGUUUAAUUUUGCCUUACUAGCGGGAAAUACGUAAUAAAUUUACGUAUGGUGGUGGGUUCUCGCCUUCCUUUAAGUCACUUUUCGUUUUUAUUAUAAUUUCUCCACAACAACUUAAAAAUAAAAAAAAAGAACUUUUGUCGUUCCUUAAGAAACCUUCUUGUUGUUAAUACAUUUAAACAUUAAAAUAAAUAUAGAAAAAAGGCAAAAUGAAUUGGUUACUUGUGUCGGUUAUAACGGUCUUAACGGUUGCGUUGUUUAAAGAAGUCAACUGUCUAGUAUUAACCGAAAUCGAAGGACCCUCACUAGUUGUUAUCGAAGAUGAAAAUGUUGAACCGAUACCUAUGAAUUGUCACUUUAAAGUGGAGGAAGAAAGUAAUUCGCUCGUUGUCAAAUGGACUAAAGAUAAUAAAGUGGUUUUCCAAUACAUCAAAGGACAUGGCGUAAAUGUUAUCCCAGAAUUUAGAGGUGAAGUAGACCCCUUAUCAUCCGAUCCGAAUGAUGAAGAAAGUGGCAUACUACUGCUAAAACCAUCGAUUGAGACAUCUGGUACAUACAAGUGCAAUAUUCAAACGGAUAAAAAGACAAUAUCCAUGGAUAAAGAAUUGCAUAUAAUUGAUAUACAAAAUUAUACACACACACUCCAGCAUAAGCGCAUCCAAAAUGAAACACAUUUGGAAUGUGAAAUCGAGAAUGUUUAUCCCAAACCAACAUUGGCUAUUCAGACCUUCAAUGGCGAGCAAAUUCAAAUUAUUGCAAGCGAUGUAAAUUUGCUGGAUGAUGGUAAAUUCCAAGCAAGCGCAACUGCCGUUAUAAGAACAGAUGACGAUAGCACCGACGAAUACCAAUGCGUUUCUAUGUUUAACGGCUUAUCAUUUAACUUAACAACGAAUAUAAUUUCAGGUAGUGUGUCCUCUAGAAGACCUGAAUGGAGCCAUCUUUUAUUAACUGUUUUAAUAGCACUUGUUACUUAUGAAAAAUUUAGUUAUUAGAUUUUAAAAAUUCUAACGCUUACUAACUACUGUAACUUAUUUGUUGGUUUUGUAAAUAUUUUUAUAAGAUUAUAGCGAAAAUAUAUAUGUAAAUAUAAUACUAAUUGUGUACAUGUGUAAAUA